AGCAGCCGCACCUUAGGGGCCGCUCGGAGAAUAGCAAGUCCGUGCUGUAGUCGAUGUCCUAUCCGACCUCGGGCCCCGCCCCUCGGGGCCCCAUCCCUUUCACCGCCGAGAAGGUGCCCGUGGGCGCGGCGCCCUCCGCCGACCCCGAGCGGCACCACAGCCGCCGCCCGGCCGCGGCCUGGGCGCCGCCGGCCAGCGCCGCGCACUCUGCGGGCCUCCCCGCGGGCGCCGCAGCGCCGACGGGCGCGAACGAGAGCGCCGGGGCGGGGGCCGCCCGCGAGCAGGCGGCCUCCAAGGCCGACGACGACGGGCCCUUCUUCAUGAAGCUCGGCUUCCUCGGCAGGGUCGUGGCCCUGCUCGUUGCCUUCCAGCUCCUCGCCGCGGUCGCGUUCGAGUGGUCGCACCAGCAGUGGUCGGGCGUGGACGUGAACGAGCCACUGCCUUCGGUGCCGGAGGGGCAGCGCCCCAGCGUCGACGGGCUCUUCACGGGCUUCCGCCACCUGGCGGCGCCGUACUUCUCGGACCGCAGGAACACCAAGGGCCGCGUUUGCUGCUACACGAUCGUGGCCCUUGGGCUUCUGGGGCUUUUCCUGGCGUACGUCCACAACGCAUGGCACAAGGAUUGGUGGGACCUGUUCCAGAAGGGCGACUCCUCGAGGUUCCCGAGCCUGAUGGGGAUCUACAUCGUUAUCGUCGUGGCCGUUGUGCUUACGAGGGUGUACGUGGCAUACGUGCGGUCGUGGCUCUACAUUGAUUGGCGAGAGCACAUGACCCAGCGCUUGGCGCAGAGGUGGCUCGUUGGCCACACGCACUUUCUCAUGCAGGUCGGCCCACAGUCCCGCCAGCAUGUGCAACGCGUGGACAAUCCGGACCAGCGGCUGCAAGAGGACGUAAACCUCUUCGUAAGUUCGGCCCUGGACAUUUGUCCCAAUUUCUUGAACUCAGCGGGCAGCCUUUUCGUCUUCGUGCCCGUUGUCCUGAACAACGAGCCAGAGUCGGCCUUCGGGGUCCCUGGCGUCCACUUCCCUGGCUGGCUGCUAGCCAUGGCUGUUGCAUACUCCUUCAUUGGCGGGAUGUGCACGCACUUGAUCGGAUGGCCUAUGAUCACCUAUAGCUUCGCUCGGCAGCGCUACGAGGCUGACUUCCGAAACCUCGCCAUACACAUCCGGGACAAUUCCCAGAGCGUUGCGCUUUACAAUUCGGAAGCCACCGAGAGGAGCGGCCUGCAGCGGCAGUUUGACCGCAUCAAGCUGGUGCAGUGGAGACAAAUGAUAUUGGAGAAGCGCCUCGCCUUCUUCACCAGUGCGUACGACUACGUCCAGUUCCUGGUCCCCUUCUUCAUACUCGCGCCGAGCUACUUCAAGAAGGAGAUAUCGUUGGGGGACCUGUUCCAGCUGACCGGAGCGAUCGGCAGCGUCGCCAACUCCUUCGACUGGUUCAUGCGCAUCUACGGGCCUCUCUCCGACUGGCGGGCCACCGCGGACCGUCUGCUGUCCUUCGAGAGGGCCAUUCUGGACGUGCACGCGCAGUCCGCACGCGGGAAGCCUGCCAGGGCCAGUGUGGGGCUAGAGCGCGACGGGCCGGAGCGCCCAGCUCUGGAGCAGGCCAGCGAGCCCGGCUGGCUGCGUGCCGACAUCGCGCGGGUGGACUUGCCGAGCGGGGAGACGCUCUGGCGCGACGUAAGCAUCGCUGUGAAGGCGGGGCAGCGGCUGCUCAUCUCGGGCCCAGAGGGCACCGGCAAGAGCGUCCUCUUCAAGGCCCUGGCCGGCAUCUGGCCGCACACCGCGGGCAGCCGCGUGCACCUCCCCGCGCGCUCGUCCGAGGUGCUCUUCGUCCCGCAGCGGCCCGCGCUGCCCAAGCGCUGCACCCUGGCGGAGGCCCUCGCCUACCCGGAGGCCGCGGGCACGUACAGGGAGGAGGCCCUGCUACAGGCCCUGUGCGACGUCCGGCUGGAGGAGCUGGCGGCGGACGCGCCGCUGUCCGACGAAAGCACGGCGCCGGGCGACGCGAAAGUCGCGCCGCCGCGGGACGGCCUCGAGCAGGAGCACGCCGGCACGGGGCCCGAGAAGGUCGGGUUGCGCGCGCUGCGGCAGGUGGACGAGUGGAGCUCCCGACUGUCCCCAGGGCAGCAGCAGCGGCUCGCAUUCGGGCACGCGCUGCUGCGGAAGCCCAGGGUGCUCUUUCUGGACGAGGCGACCAGCAACGUGAGCAAGCAGGCGGCCCUCGAGCUGUACGAGACGGCGACGAGGCAGCUCGACGGGGUCACGAUCGUCUCGAUCUCGCACGACGUGGCGACCCUGGAGCCCCUGCACGACGUGCACGUCGCCGUCAAGGGCGAGGGCGCGGAGAAGGAGCUGGUGGUGCUCAAGGGGGACUCGCUCGCCUCGAGCUCGUCGGGUGCCGUGGUGAGGUAGCAGGGGCGCGGAUCGCGGCCCGACCUGCGCGUCGCUUGCAGGCCGUUAGUCCGCGUGCACCAGCGGCGUGCGGUGCCCGCCAGCGGCCGAGCGCCUCGGGACUGGGAGGGUCCGCGUGGCCGCGGACCCCGGCGCGGGCGCGCCAGAAGCGAGAGUGCAGCCGCUGACGCCGCCCCCCUGGUCCUGACUCCCGCCUCUCCCGUCGCCGCUCCCAGCGCGGCUCCUGCCCCUCGCCAUCGGCUGCCCAGCUUCGCGCGCGUUCGCACGCCGUGGGCUCCAGGUCCCAGACCUCCUCCACCUCCUCCUCCCUCUCCUCCUCCUCCUCCUCCUCCUCC